AUGUACGCCGCCAACGCCGGCCGCCGCCUCGCGACCAGCUGCGUACUCCUAGGUGGCUCCCUGGAGUAUGCACAGACCGGCGGCCGCUCGGCCGUCGCGCGCUGCGCGCCCGACGAGCAAGAGCCGCCAAAAAAGGAGGACGAAGAAGAGGAAAGAGAGGAGGGCGUGGAGCGCUACCUUGGCUACUCGGCGGCCUUGGCGCGAUUAAAGCUGGUCAUGUUAAGGGCGAAGACCGCCCUCGCAACAGGCGCCGCCAAAGGCGCGGCCGCCGGCGGCCGCGGCGCAGCAACAGCAGCUAGAGGCGCUAGAGCGGCCAAGGGCGCGGCCGGCGCUUUUGCGCGAGGCGCCGCGGCGCGCGGCGGCGCCGCCGCGCGCGCGGCCAAAGCGACGGCCGCCGCCGCUGGCGCGAAAGGCGCCGCGGCCAAGGCGGCCGUCGGCGACGCGGCGCGCUACGUGGCCUAUUCUUCGGAUGUGGGCGAAUCCAUGCGUCCCGUGCUGCGGCCCUGGAUGGUCAACGCGACGUAUGGUAUUGCUGUUGGAUAUGUGCUCUACGAUGCCGGGAGUGACGUGAAACGAAAAAUGGACGCGGGGCAUUCGACGGAGGUUCUAUUGGCGACGGGAACCUACAAACUUGUCUUUCACGGCCUGGUGUCGCUGGCCAUGCCUGCCGUGAUUAUUCAUUCCGCGGUCCAUCAAGCGCAUGACCUGUUUGCGCGGGAGGCAUUCAGUAAAAUGCCUCGAGUGGUGAAAUGGGGCCCGUCGGCUGUGGGUCUGGGAUUGAUCCCGCUGAUGCCUCUGCUCGAUCCGCCGGCGGAGCACGUGCUGGAGGCGGUCUUUGAUCAGAUCUGGCCGGCGUGGCGAAUCGGCGAGAAGCCGCACCACGACUAAUUUUGUAUAAAUAUA